AUGAGCUUUGAAAUGAAUAAGGUUGAACCGGCCCAAGCCUCUAAUAUCGAAGUUUUAGACACUUCUAAACAGUUAAAUAGAAAAGUAGAAGACGAAGUGCCAAAGGGCGAGAAAAGCAGUCAAGCUAAGUCUUCAAAUGAGCAAAAGGUGGCCUCCCAGGACUUAGCGUCAUUGAUGGGGUUUUCGGGAUUCGAAUCGACCAAAAACAAGAAAGUUCAGCCCAAAAAAGCGGGUGGUAAAAUGGUCGAAAAGAAGGCCACCAAAAAUGCAAAGUACAGACAAUACGUCAACCGGAAAAACAAGAAGCUAGUGCAGUGA